UCAUUAGAUAUAAUGUGCUUUUUCAUUCUUUCUUUCUUUUUUUUUUUUUUAAACAUGUAUGACAAAUAAAAUCGCUGUGAAAAUGCGUUCAGUGUUGGCAUCAUGACAACAUAGAGACUGGUAACUUAGGUUGAUAUAAACUGUAAUUGAAACAUUUCAAAACAACAGUGUCAUGAUCAGGACAAAAUGUUACUGAUAUGACUCAUCCUCAUGCUUGAAAAGACACCCCCCCACCAAAAAAAACCCAACAAGAUUUGCAAAUGGACAAAUGUAGGAGCGAAGAAAGUAAAAAGGAUUGUCCACAAGAAAUCCUGUGUUGGACCAAAGCACAUUUAUAAUAAAGGCCUAGGGACUAUGCUACCUGGGGGUCACCCUAGCUACCUUGGGCUCUGGGAUAGAGACGGCUCAAGGUACAUUGUAUUGGAUGGGGGCCCUCUCAGAUGACUUUGUCCUGGGCCUGGCAAGCUGUCUUGAAAGCUGGGAGCCGCUGGGCCACAUCCCAGUUUGGCCUAUCCAUCAAUACGUCGGACACCUCAGUUUAUCCUGAUUAUCAAAACAACAAAGUUCAUAUUGCAAGCUGUGCAAUGUCACAGGAGGUAUGGAUGAGUCCAGGCUAGCAUAUCCCAUUAUACUUACAUUGCUUCAUACUCAGAGGCAGACAUCCCGGGAGCAGGAAGAGAAAGGCCUGCCUCCAGCCAACCCACGACUGGUUCUCCACCACACCCCUGGCCUUCAGAACUAGAAAUCUAUCAAAUUACCGGUGUAUUUAAUGUCUUUCUCUUUACAAUUGUUUGUCAUUAUGGUCACAAUCUAAAUAUCUGCGUCAACCUGUGUUGUGAGUAAAGAUUUUCAAAGCAUAGGGCCAACAUACCAGAUAUGACAAAGGCAUUUUCAACUAAUGUCAAGGAGGUCAAAGGUCAAUUGGUACAACAAUUUCAUGUAAAUGUAAACCACUCGAAUGUGAUCACUUUGAAAACUAAUUAAUACCGCAGUGUGUAGCUAUUCCUAGCAACACACAGUGACUCUGUCAUCGGCAUAUAAUGUCUGAUAUCAUUCGUGCAAGCAUGCAAACAAAGAAAAACAUGGCUGGUUAUGCCUUUCUCGUUCAUAGUCCAAGACAAUUGCUCUCAUUGCACGCGUAAGUUCAGACACCAAGGACAGAAGGCACAGAGAAACCACCUGCACAGGACCAGAGGAUCCCGAAUGUUUUUAGAGCUCCAGGACCCGCACCACCAAGUGAAGACGGUAUGGACCACAAGUGCGAGCUGUGCGGCCUCGUCUUUGAGACGCGACGUGGCCUGUCCAGUCACGCGCGCUGCCACCUGCGGCAGCUGGGCGUGUCGGUGUCGGACAGUAGCGGGGCGCCCAUCGAGCUGCUGUACCGGCUGAUUGAGGAGCGGGAUGGUGCUCUGCCCAGACCACCGCCUCGGGCCAAAAAGCAGAAUGACAAGCCGGGAGGACCUAUUGCGUACCAAGGUUUCAAGAGGAAUGGCCAGGCACAGGGCACACUGAACAUGAAGGCCUCCAACCAGGUGCGCAAGAAGUACAGCCUCUUCUCCGCCCACUUCAACCGAAAACCCCCCACCCCCACCGCCGGGGCAGUCCCCUCUGCCACUGCCUCCAUGGCCACCGCCUCUCGGCAGCUGACCCUGUCGCCGCUGUCCGCCGGAGUGGUGAAGAAGAUCGCCAUCUCGCCGUCCUCCUCGUCAUCCUCGGCCUUCGCUCUCUCGCCCCUGGGGGUCAAGCAACCGCGGCCGACACGGGAGAAGGCUGGUGGAGGUGCUCAGGACUCAGACGGCCCUCUAAACCUGGCGACGGGGGACCCCUCUAGCCGCGACAACGUCCACGUGUGCGAGCUGUGCGGCGCCUGGUUCGAGGCGCGCAAGGGCCUGUCCAGUCACGCCCGUGCCCACCUCCGCAGUUUCGGGAUCGAGUCUGCCGAGGCCAAGGGCGCCCCUAUCGACACUCUUCACACGUUCAUGGCUAGCCGAGGCAUCAAGUCCCUAGCCAACGCUCCUGCCGUCAAAGUCAAGGAGGAGGAGUCUGCCACGGCCAUCUCAGCCAAACGCCCUGCUCCAACCUCCCCCUCGGUCAAGACGGCAGCGUAUUCUUCGGGGGUCAAGCGGUUCAAAGCCUCAGAUUUGAAGAUUCUUGAUAAUUACUCAAGAAGUGGUGACUCCACCCCGGGGGGGAGCGUUGUGUGCGAGUUUUGCGGUGAGCUGUUCGUGCGCGCCCAGAGUCUGUCCAGUCACGCCCGCGGCCACCUGCGCCAGCUGGGCAUCACCGAGUGGACCGUCAUGGGCUCACCCAUGGCCACCCUGCGACGGGUCAUGGCCCAGCGUGGGGUCACCAGCAUCCUGAAGCUGCCAGGCACCCCCCAGGCCUCCCCUCGCAACAGCAGCAGCAGCAGCAGCCCUCUCAAGAUCCCCCCGCACUCUGUCGGCUCGCUCAAGGUGCCAAGCCCCCUCAAGACACACACUGCCAGAGCCUCCACCUCUGCUGCUGCGGUUCCGCAGAAGGCGCGUAAGGGCAUGCGCCUGGUGACCAAGCCCAAGGACGAGCCCAUGGAGGUGGACGUGAGUGAGGUGAUCGCGGCCCCAUAUGCGACUCUCAGGACCGAGUCUGGUGCUGCCUCUCGGUCACCUUUGAAAAUUCCCAAGACUGAGCCCGUGGACCCCAACCAGCCCGUAGAGUGCACCUACUGCCAGGAGAUGUUCGACAGCCGCAAAGCCCUCUCGUGCCACGCCCGUGCCCACCUGCGGCAGCUGGGGGUGCGGUGGCCCGCCCAGGCCUCGCCCAUCGACACCCUGCACCAGCUGAUGGAGCGAGAGGGCACGGCACGCUCCCCGGACGACAAGCCCGAGCCGGUCAGCCCGGUCCGGCGGCAGAGCGCCUCCCCAGUCACCUUCACGCCACCCCAGCCCCCCGCAGCGGGGGGGAAGGCAUCCUCCGAUGCCUUCGAGUACACGUGCGAGCUGUGCGGCUUUGACUUUGAGAACCGCAAGGCGCUGGCGAGCCACGCGCGGGCCCACCUGCGGCAGCAGGGGGUGGAGUGGCCGGCCAACGUGUCCCCCAUCGAGACCCUCUCCACCUGGAUGCAGCGGCACCCCGCCAAGGUGGCCGAGCUCCACAAGCGCUACAUGAGGGGAGACCUGCCGCAAGUCAGCCGGAGGAAGAGCUCGGUGAAUCGGAGUGACUCUGAGGCGACGGCCAGCGACUCGGAAGCGAGUCUCCAGAAGACCUCCUCCUUCACCACCUCCUCCUCCUCCAGGUCUGCAGGGUCCUCCUCAUCCUCCUCGCGCUCCUCAGGCAGUAAAGGAGACAAGAACAGCCAGGGGGCAGCAGAGCACACGCGAUCACUCAGAGGUGGUGAUCGUCGCAGUACAAAGACCGCGGCGGAAAACAAGGCCCAGGAGGAGAAGUCAAAGCCCUCCCGCUCAGGCAACAUCCCCUCCCUGGUCCCCAGACCGCCUGAAUCCCCACUGGUCAAACAGGUCGGGAAGGUCUACUGCCUCAAAUGCAGGUUCUGUGAGCGUGAGUUCCGCGGGCCGCUGUCGGUGCAGGAGGACUGGGUGAGGCACCUCCAGGAGCACAUCCUCAACCUGAAGAAGGAGCAGAGGCAAGCAGCCGCCGCACAGAGCAGCUCACCUCCUCUCCUCACCCCACAACCUGUAUGAGGCAGCACACACACACACAAUGACUAAACAGCCUCAUGGGACACACA